GAACCGUACCGUCUCUCUCUCUCUCUCUUUCUGAGACAGCAUGGCUCAUGCACCCUGACCAACUCGGCUGCCUGGAAGGUUACUGUUGCGGACUAUAUCUCAACACUGAAUCUCGAAUACGCCGAUUCAGUUGCGCGUUUCGUCCAGAAAGAAUAGCUUGCCUUUUCCAAAUCCUAAUCUGAAGACGGCGCUUCAGGAGAGCGUUUCUAAACGCCAAGGUCUGGCCGUACACACAAGAGCGCAGGUCUUCAUUCACAUGUUGGAGAAUGAGGUGCCAGCGGACAUACGCUGUUGUUUUCAUUCACUCAAACUAACUACAUUGACCAACCGCGCUGAAGAUCUCGAGGGGUUUGGAAUGAGAAGCGAACAUUCAAAGGACCCGAGAUUUGUCUGAUUGUUUUCUUUUCUCUCAAAAAAGUCGAUAAAUCGCAAGAAAGGAUGUGCUUGAGAUGAACGCCUUACCAGACUGGACUAUUGACAGACAGCGAGCGCAUUAACCGGCUUCUCAGUCUUUACGAAAUCAUAUGUAACUGUGACUUUUUUAAAGCAAUAUUGUAUUCCUUGCACCGCGAUCUGUUACAAUAUCUCUUUUUUUUACAAUAAAAUAAACAUAAUUUAAAGAGAACAGAUUCCACGCGUGGGAUAUUGAAGGAAAAGCUGACAGUUCUUCAUCGCCGGAACGCUGCGUCGAAGGGGGCUGCGAUUGAAACUUUCAGAAAUGCCGCAGGUGGAGAUGUUUUAUUUGGUGUUGAUCAGCCUGUGGAUGUCUGUGUUGGGCCUGGAACCGGCGUCUAAGGUUGUGGCGGAUCGCUACGCUGUCUACUGGAACCGAACAAACCCAAGGUUCUACCGAGGAGACUUCCACAUCGACGUAUGCAUUAACGAUUAUCUGGACGUAUACUGUCCCCACUACAUGGACACGGUCCCUGAGGAGAGAACGGAGCGCUACGUCCUCUACAUGGUCAACUAUGACGGCUACAGCUCUUGCGACCACACGGCGAAAGGUUUCAAACGUUGGGAAUGCAACCGGCCUCACUCGGCCAACGGGCCGCUGAAGUUCUCCGAGAAGUUUCAGCUUUUCACACCAUUCUCGCUGGGAUUCGAAUUUCGGCCAGGCAGAGAAUAUUACUAUAUCUCCUCCACAGUCAGUGAAAAUGGGAGACGGAGCUGCUUGAGGCUGAAAGUUUUCGUCAGACCUUCAAACAACUGCGAGAAAAGUCACGACCGCGUAGUUAAAGUCGAUGAUGGAAGCAUCAACUCUAUAGAAAACAAUAAUGACGGAACGAGUCACGAAUCUGCCGAACCAUCCCGAGGUGAUGUCAACGGCGCCGGACGCCUUCAAACUGUAGUGCCCUUGUUGGCCUCAGCGCUGGUUCUUUUGGCUUCCCUCUCCUCCUUAUAGCAUCCUGCAUCCCUGAAAAACGCAGGAGGACUCGUGAUCGAGCACUUUUAACAAACAUUGAGAUCUUUCUCUCCGCUAAAAAGUAGUUUCUCGUACAGGAAGACGCUCCUUUGGCGAUAUAACUGGAAGGUUUUCAAUGAACAAAAGCCCCACCCACGAGAAAAAAAAAUUCACACUAAAAACCCACUAAACUGUGACAUGCACACAAAAAUAGGUCUGUGUCCUUUCGGUGCCCCCUAUGUGACGUUGGAGAGGGACUUGUAAUUGGGGGCAGAGCAAGAAAAUGACUCUUUUUCAAAUGACAAAGACCGCUUUCAGUGUUGCCGUCCAGAAAAGAGAAGUCUUAUAACCGAGCAAGAGGAUCGUCUGAGGGAUCUCUCCACGUGCAUUGUGGGGAAAACGUCGUCACUAUGGACUCAAACUGCUGACUCUUACUAGAUAUCAAGGCAAAAUUGUUGCUUGAUAGCAUCCCUUGUAAAGAGGGAGAGCAGGGAGCUUUUUAAUAUCUCAACCGGAGUAGUCCUCGUGGACUCAGGUGCUCAGGUGAACGGUGACAAUUUUUCGUAGAUAUAAGAAACAGAUAAGCACUCGUUUUGUACAUUGUGUACAGGUGUACAUGGGACUGAAACGCAGAUGUGGUGUUCUUGAAGUAAAAUGCUCAAGUGUAGCUGCCAAAAUCAAUGUUUUGUUAGGAGUACGGAGCCUCACCGAUCGAUCGUUUGAGUGAAUAUACUAAUUUGUUUGGUGAAUCAUCUUUUUCUUAUUUAUUGUUCAGUCUUAGUGCUCUUGACACUUUGUUGUAUUAGUCAUCAGCCAGGAUUCAGGAGAAAGGAACACAAAUGCCUAGCUGCAGUCAACUUACUUGGAUUUAGACAGAUAACAACCGCGUAACUUAUGAUAACGGGUUAAUACUUUAGCAAGUCAAUCCUUUAAAUGAUAUCAGUAGUACUUUACCAUAUCAUGUCCGUCAGGGGUCACGUCAUUCUUGGGUAGGAGGGAGGAAACGGUUUUGCAUUCAUUUUCUAAAGCUUCCUGUCUUUUCACCCUAGAGUAAUCAAAAUGAACAGCAUUAACAUUUUAAUUCGGUCAACGAAAUGAGCGCAUACCUUGCCAGUUGAAUUGUUAAUUAUGUAAAAACACUUUUUUCUGAGCAUGAAGUGAAAGUAAUGAAAUUAUUUUCCCCAAAACGAACUGCAUUUCAACCGUGCCGUUUGUAUUUAUUUACUUUUUUUACCACUGAGCAGUGCGCAUUAAACGCUCAUCUGGGAUCUGCUGAAACAGUAGCGGAGCACUGCUUCCACCCCGGUGGCAGCUGACACCCUAACGUGAUUUAAUAGGCUCUUUGAUGUUGUCCAAAGUGCCUGGCACGCAGACCACAUACUGCGAGGCCUCAUGUGGGUUAUUUCUGGAAUUAAAAAAUCGACAGGAGCACGGGAGGAGCGCGGUGUCCAGUUUAGCCGCGGGCUAGCGUUACUCUGGUGAACUUGGCCAGAGAUGGAGAAAGAUGAGAUCUCCUGCUGGGAUCAAUAGUAAUGGCCUUUACAGACACAAAACAGGGUAAAUAUUUGCCCCGGUCUUGGUUUUCCUUCCUUGAAUGGUUUUCAUGUUUUUCAUUCGCCUCUACUUAUCAACAAUUUGGUAAGCAACAUAAAGGUAGCUUUUGACUUCACGUGGUUAUGUUUGGCUAGCUACUAUGUUUUUUUUUUUAAAAUGAUAACACAGAAGCACAUGGAUCCUAUGGAUGCUAUGUAUCCGUAUGUUGUUUAGCAAAUCAUAUCAUAUAGUGAUUUGGAACCACUGGUACAAAAGUAAUAAGAUAAAAGAGGAGCUAAGAAAUAAUCCAGUCUCAAAGUCAUAAUAUCAAAUAAAUUUGUUAAUAUUUUUUCUGGAAAUUAAUGCAUUUUUAAAUCUUUUUUUUAUUUUGAGUAAUAUUUAAUAGUUCAGUAUCCAUAAAGACAACUAGGAAUUUGUGCUGGUUAGUCCUUAAAAAACACUGCUGUGUUGUCACUGCUAAAUCAUAUGCUUAUAAACCUAUCUACAUUUUUUUUAAUAUCCUGUGGAACAUUUUAAAGUCUGCAAUGUUCUGUUGUUGCACCGCGAAAAUAAAUGCUGUGGUCCGUUUAUCGUCAUGGGAACAAACCUAAAAGGACGUUUUUAGUCGGUUUAAUUCAGGAAAUGUUAUUUUUGUAAAAUGACUUCUGUAUCUGUUUUUGUCCAUAUACGAAACUUGAGGUUUUAAGAAACAAGCUCUUGUUAAACCUGGGUUUUUCAUCACAAGGCAGUUGUGUUCCUGUAUUCUCUCAUUGUCUUCGUCCCAGAGAAUAUUUCUUCAGUGUUAGCCAUCAUUUCGUAAUUCUUUCCACACCUGCUUCUUCAUACAGCUGUGAAGACCAUGAUAUCUAAACCACCAUUUCCCUUAGCUUCUUGGCUGUGUUGCCUGAAUAUUAGAUUUGCUGUGGCGUCUCUGACGGUACAGCGCUGACUUGCAUUAUGAUAUGACACGUUUUUAUAUCUACAAAUGCCAUUGUUUGUAAAUACACUUGCUGGAGCAGCUCAAAUAAAUGAUUAAAUAAAUUUGUCAUUGUUGUAAGAAACACC